GAAUAAAAUUCAGCGUUCCGAGGCAUCGCGGAGUCGUUUAUCAGAGUCUAGUCACCCAAACGACGCAAUGCGAUCCUCGGAUCUAAUUGACGAGUGGAGAAGGCCAGUCUGUGGGGAAAAGCAACUCCACUUCAUAGUAUGUAGUUAAUACCAGGGCGCUGGUCAACAAUCCCCUGAGAACGAGCCUUGAGCCCAUGAUGCAUGCAUGUAUUCAAGACAUACAUAACAAGUUACCCCGCGUUAAAACCUUAGCAGCGGACGAGGGUAACGGUGCAUGCCGCGCCCCCUUGGGUUUCGGGCAAGAACAUUUAUCACAGCGUUUCUGCCGUAUCAAAUAGAAACAGAUUUAUGAUAAUUUACUUGCGGGAGGCCAUUCAAAAUGACAUCGAUUACUAUCACGGACGAAUCGUUGACGGGCCUCAAGGAUAAAGUGGUCACCAUCUCAGGCGGCUCUUCCGGAAUCGGUCUCGCAACGGCUAAACUCCUCCUAUCUCUUGGAGCGAGGGUCUCGAUCGGCGAUCUCUUACCUCCGCCUGAUGAUGUUCUUCAGGCCGAUGGCUUGAUAUUCACGCCUGUUGACGUCACGAAGUGGAAAGAUCUAUGCGGUUGGUUUCGCGAGACAAAGCAGAAAUACGGCCGGAUUGACCAUGCUUUUUGCAAUGCCGGUAUUAGCCACCGGGCGGACUACUUUGACGAAAGGGUUGACGAUGAUGGCGACCCAUUGGAGCCGAGUAGACUUACAUUGGAGGUGAACUUGAUGGGCGUCAUUAACAUGACGAAGUUAGCUAUCUGGUAUAUGAGAAAACAGGAGAGUGGCGGAAGUAUCGUCAUCACGGCCUCGGCUAGUGGUAUGUGUUUCCAAAGAUUCGGAAUGGUCGACUAUUGCGCUUCAAAACAUGGAGUUAUAGGUUUCAUGCGUGGGCUUGUGGCUCGCGAUCUGUAUCCCGGCCUCUCCAUUCGUAUAAACUCACUCGCUCCCGCCUGGACGGACACAGCAAUUGUUCCCCGGGCCCUGUUGGAGGCUGUUGGAUGGAAAGUUCAAUCUGCAGAGGACGUCGCUCGCUCUGCUGUGAUUUUGAUGGCUGACGAGUCUCGCCAUGGACAGCUGAUCUACUCCGCGGAAGGAAAGUUUCUCGAAAUUGAAGAGCCGAUAUUGGAGGCAACCGUCAAAGUUAUCGGCGCAUCACCGGAGACCGAUACCACAAAAAUGGCGGCAUUAAGGGAUAAAAUCAGGGCGGCCCAAAGACACUGACGUAUACGGAUCGAGUCCUAGGAAUAGGAAGACCUCGGGGAGCAUAUUACCUAAAGUAAACCCUGUAAAGUUAGAUGUCAAUACCCAUGCUCUAAGCUUGAAUUGAGGCAUGAAUUGAACUUCAGAAAAUUUAUUUAUUU